UUUUUAAAUAAUUUCUAAUAUUCUUAUUUGUAUAAUUUAGAACUUGAUCCAUUUGAUUUUGUAUGUGAUCAUUGUGGAAAAAAAUUUCUUGGUAUUGCUAAUAUGAAACGACAUUUACGUGUUCAUAUGGGUAGUGAAGGAAAAGAUUUUGCUUGUCCAUUAUGUCAUUAUCGUGGUUGUACGACAACACAUGUUAAACGUCAUAUGGCACAUAAACAUUUAGAAAAAUCAAUACCAUGUCCUUAUUGUUCAUUUAUGGCUGCAACAAAUGCUGAUCUUAAAAUUCAUAUGGCACGUCGACAUUGGGAUAUUGAAGGACUUGAUAUUUUAAAUAAUUUACCUAAAACAUAUAAAAAAGAAUGGAAAUGUAAUAAAUGUGAUACAGUCUUUCAUGAUUAUUCGGAUUUUCAAAAUCAUAUUUAUAGUCAUUCAAGUCAGACAAAUAAAUUUCAAUGUAAUUUAUGUCCAUAUAAUUGUAAAAGUUUUUCAAAAUUAAAACGUCAUAUGCUUUAUCAUCAAGGACAACGUAAUUAUGAAUGUCCGAAAUGUAAUAAUAAAUUUUAUCAAAUGGAACAUCUUAAACGUCAUUUAACAUCAAUACAUAAAUUAAAUAUACCACAAAUCGGUCGAGGAAAUCGUUUAUUUGGUUCAGAUCUUUUAAAACGAAAUUCCGAUAUGCCAAAUAUUCCUCCACCACAUGGUACAGUUCCACAAUGUUAUAAAGUCAUAUCAAAAUGUGUAUUUACAUGUCAAAAAUGUCCUUUUUCAACAACUAAACUUUAUCAUUUAAAUGAACAUGUUAAAAGUGAACAUUUACAAUUAGAUGAUUCAGCACAUGUUUGUACAUUCUGUUCAUAUAUAACAGAUAAAAAAACAAAUCUUAAACGUCAUUUACAUCAUAAUCAUGCUGGGCAAUCAAAUACGCCUGUACUUUUAUCUAAUGAUGCACUUCUGUCAAAUCCAAAUACAAAAUUUCAAUGUGGACUUUGUCGUCGAUAUCAAACCAAUGUUGAUGAAUUUAUAAAACAUAUUACAGAAAAACAUCGUAUGGAUGUUGUCAUUUUAGAUUCUGCUAAUAAUGGAAAUAUUCAUCAACAAAUAAAAUCACGAGGUCGUGCGGAGUUAAUCUGUGCCAGUAAUAAUACAACACCAUUUCGUUUUGAUGAAUAUGGUGGUCUUGUAACUGUAAUGAAAAAUCCAGGUACAACAAAUGAAUUAAAUACUAAUCAAAUAGCAAUAAAUGAUCCGAAUAAUCCAACGAAUUCAAUAUCGGCAACAAAUCCAACGACAGACUUUUUACUUCCGCAAUAA